GCUGCUCUUGGUCUGCCUGCAAGCCGUGGGUUAUGAUUUAGAAAUACGUUCGCCUACCGUUCCUUAACCGUGUGGUUUUGGUUUUUAUUUUUUCAAAGAAAGGGUGGCUUUUUCGUCGAUCUCUUUGUGAGAGUAUCAAAUCAGGCGGCGGUAAAUACGUAGAAGCAACUAGGCGUACUACGGCGUGUACCGGACAGCGUUGGCGUGCCGCUCUGCUAGCAGCGGAGAGCCAGAUGAGGAUGCCCGUGAUAUGAGAAAAGCUCUGUCCAGAGAUACGGAGACGAAAUCAGUUGUACCUCAUCCCGUGACACCGGAAGACAUUGAGUAAGUGUAAGCUGUGAUGCUCAGUGAAAUUACUAAGAGCGUUAAGUUUCCCGUGCCUUUGCUUUCACUCUCCCAUUCUCUUGUCUUGCGGCACGUCGCGUUUUUUGAGGCCGUGGAAGCGACAUCGGGAGCGAUGGGGUGUCAGAACCGGGUCCUCCUGCCUGUCGCUGGUUUUGCUUACCUUCGCCGUCUCUGUGUACCAGUCUGCGUGUCUCUCUGUGUUCCUCAAUCCCUGUCCUCUCUUCUCUGUUCUGCUUUGUUUCGCUGCGUAUGUCCCGUUCCCUGUCCCACCUUUAUCCUUCCUUCCUUCUUCCUCGCCUUUUUCUCUGUCCUUUUGUCCUGCUCCCCGACCCUGUUUCUCGCUCCAUCUGACCGUCCUUUUCCUGGCACCUUUGUGUCUCUGCUCCUUGCCCCCGUCUUUCUCUCCCCUCUGCCCAGUCCUCGUCUCCCUCUUUUGUCUCUCUGCCCCUCUGUCCUGCUCCCUGCCCCUCUUUUUCUCACUCUGCCCCAGCGUCCCGCUCCCCGGUCCUCUUUCCCUCUGUUGCGCUCUCCUUCUCCCUGCUCCCCAGCCCGCUUCUCUCACGCUCCCGCUUCCUUUUUUUAUUCUCUGUUGCUCUGUCCUGCUCCCCGUGCCGCUGUCCCUCGCCGUACCUCUCGGUCCGGCUCCCUGCCCUUAUUCUCUUUUCCUCCCUCGCCGUGGCGCUGCCCGCCCAGGGUCGUUUCUGCCUCUCUGUCCCGCUCCCCGUCCUUGUUUGUCGGUCGCCGUCCCGCUGCCUCUCUUCCUGCCGCUUCUUCCUCCCUCUCUGUCAGGCUCCCCGUCCCCGUCCUUCACUCGCCGUCCCUUUCCUUGCCUCGUGCUUUCUCGCUCGCCGCCGCCCCCCCCCCCCAUCCAGCUGGCUGCCCCUUUUCUCCUCUCAGCCAGCGUCCUGCAGCUGGCUCCUCGGUUUUGGCGGCAGCCUGCACAUAGCAGCCCAGCUCUCCAGCAGCCUGACGGACCGACCGUGUGUCUGUUCCACGCCGGACUGGCGAGCGUGGCUCUGGGUAGGACAGCCGAGGUGCCCCAGGGCCGGGCCCCGAGCCCCGGUGCGGAGUCUCUCC